AUGACUGUCUCGAUACCCGUGUUGGUAGGAACGAUAGUGCUUACUGUCGUCCUGGUACGUGUGUAUUCUGCUGACCCUGAGCCAUAUGCAGUUCUUGUGCUUGUGUCUCCCAAGCAGGUGCAUACCACAAAAGAGGAGUGUACAUAUACAGAUGUCGACCAUACGAUUCCUCAGGUCCUGCCAUCGAUCUACGAUGCGCCGAUGACACAGCUCAGUGUGGUAGUCCCCAUGUACAACGAGGAGAAGCGCCUCCCUGCGAUGCUCGAUGAUGCAUUGGCGUACCUCGAGGAGCUGCGUAAAAACGGGAUACCCCUCGCCGGUAAAGGCGCGACACCUACAAGCCCUGAUGCGCCCGUCGAGCCGCUCACUUCGCCGCUCACAAGCUACGAGCUCCUUUUGGUCGACGACGGCUCGCGGGACACGACGUACGCAACCGCGCUCAAAUAUGCAAAGCAGUGCAAUUUACCGAGCGGCGCAUCUAUCCGCAUUACGCGGCUCUUUGAGAAUUGCGGAAAGGGCGCGGCGGUGCGCCACGGCGUGAUGCAUGCAAGCGGUGCAUUUGUGCUCUUUGCCGAUGCCGACGGUGCGACGCGCUUCGCUGACCUGACCACCCUUGCCGCGGAAAUGGUGCGCAUCCUGACACCUGCGGGCCAUGCGAUUGUCGCUGGCUCGCGCGCACAUCUCGUCACGAGCGACGCCGUGGUCAAGCGCAGCGUGGUCCGCAAUUUUCUGAUGCGCAGCUUCCAUUUCCUGCUCAGUAUACUACUGCGCCCGCCGAGUCUCGGCGGCCUGUGGGAAAAGCUCUUGCCCUCUUCGCAGCGUGCAAAAGAGCAGCGCACGUUCCUCCCGCUGCAGCCGCGCAUCCAAGAUACGCAGUGCGGCUUUAAACUGUUUGCACGUGCAACGGCCAGGCUUUUAUUUCCCUUCGCCCACAUUGACCGCUGGAUUUUCGAUGUGGAGCUCAUCCUCCUUGCGGAGAUGGCGGGCCGCGCAAGCGAACAUGUGCACAUCAUGCGCGCGGAAGCGACGCGUGGAGAGGACGUGUUGCUACGACUUCCGCUCCCCGUCGCUGAAGUCGCCGUGCAAUGGGAAGAGAUUGACGGGAGCAAGAUCAGCUUGUUUUCUGACUCGAUUCUCAUGGCGCGCGAUCUUGUCGUGAUCCGCACGAACUAUACCAUAGGCCGCUGGCGCAAGCCGCCGAGCAUCUAUGCACCGUAG